AUGCAGCGCGAAAUCUUGUACGCAGAAAGAAAGAGCCUUGAGACCCCAGACGAAGGUUACCCUGGCCAUGGUGCUCAAUUCUUCAAGAACCUGUGGACUACACAAAAGGCCUGGCAGCUAGAUGCGAUGAAUGAGCAGAAAAGUCGGAAAAAAGAAUUGAUUGCUGUGUUACUAGGCUUAGAGGAGGAGCUCAUAGGGGCUCGCGAAAGACUCAGGACCAUACAACGAACCCGAAGGAGGGCACGAACUGAGGCUGAAAAUAAUGACCUAAUGGCUCUACCAGCUACUGUUGCUGAUGUAGAAGAGCAAAUCGAGGCGGUUGCAACGGCCCUAGGAGGGGCUGCUUUUAGAGAUUUGGCUGGGGCAACUGACAACAGAACCAAUGCACUUAUAGCCAUAUUGAUCGCACGAAGCAACCUUUAUGAGGCCAAAGUUGGCCUCACCGAAUCUAGGCUACGUCGGCAUCAUAAUACUGGUUAG